GUCUGUGUCAAGUGAAAGUAACAAAGAUAAAACACUUUCCAACUCGCCUACAUUUGGAGAAAACAUUCCAGUUUUGGAUGAAUUCUUUUCAUCAGUGUUAGGUCAAGAAGAGUCAACACAACUGCAGUUCGAACAACUUCAGAUACACAAACCUUAUAUGGUAUCUUUAGAUUUCCCACAAAAUCUUCGAAAUAUACUACAGUCUCACACAGAUGCUAGUGAUUUGGGAAUGAAUGUGUCCAAGAUGUUCCAUUAUUGGUGCUCUGUUCUUCAACUUCUUCAGAAAUAUGUCGAUGGAUUUCCGUAUACUGGACUUAAUAUAACGACCCUGCUUGGUUGUUGUAGUUCGUCAAAUGAAACUGUUUCAGAUCGUGUUUCACGUAUUAUGAAUCCGUUAUUUUCGCAAACUGAUCAAAAUCGAUUAAUUUGUGCAGAAGUUUGUUCCAGUCUGCGUAUAUUAUUUGAUUUCACUCUUAGAGACUAUCUCUUACUGCCUAGUGAGAAGUCUCGAUCAACUAACGACGUUCAGUUGUAUGAAAAUGGUACAGCAUUCGGUGUAAAUUUUCCACAUAGUCCAAAUGAUAUUCAAUCUGUCUAUCGGUUCUCUUCACCUCGAUAUGAAUUACUGCCAAAUUCUGAAGCAGUGAAAAAUCCAAAACUGCCUUGUUUAAACUAUCCACCGCAUUUCCUUUUACGAUUAUUCACUAUUCUUCCAACACUUCUGGAUGGCAUGCAGUUAACACUUUGUCGACGAGCUAUAGUUCAUCGACAUUUGUACAUGUUUAUGCAUUAUGUAGAUAAAACUGCUAAAUUCUGGUUUGGAAAAAUUUGGUUAACUGAUAUGGAUAUAAGUUCAGUCCCACUGAAAAUGGAACAACCAUCUAUUCAGACUACAGCUUCUGAAUCUUCAGGUGAUACAGAACCGUUAACUCUUAGUAAUAAUAAUAAUAAUAAAUCACUAAGGCGAACAACACGAAAUGCUCCAAAAUCUCAUUUAUGCUGUAAAUGUGAAUUAGCCGAAUCAUCGAUGCGAACAAAAUCUUCCCAUGUCAAUGUAUCACCUACUAUAACAUUGAAUACUCAAUCGUUAAGUGUCAAUCUUAAAGAAACCAGUGUAAAUGCACCACAGAUGUCACCGACAAGAUCAACGCUAACAACAAUUCCAGGGAUGACUACAAAAUUAUCAACAUCAACACCAGUGACCACUACAUAUAUACCAACUAAAGGUACAGUAAAUAGUCGUCAUAAAAGUGUUCGUGCUACCCGUUCAAAAGGUGUACGAAGUGAAAGGCGGUCUAAGUCUAUCUCUGAUGUUCAUUCUUAUUCAUUAAGAGGAAACUCCUUGAAUAUGCUGCGUUAUGCUUGCAUAAACAAUUUAUCGAUUGGUAAACACUUAUUUCUACCUCAUGAAUACUAUCUUACAACAUUAUCAUCAUCAUCAAGUUCAGUUAAAGUAGAAAAAGAAGUGAAUUCACUUGAUAUUGAUCCACCUUUCAAACGUUAUAAAAAUUCUACAUCAGUUUUACGUGCUUUAAUCUCUUGCGUACAACCGAUUCCAGAAGCUCCACAUUUUCAACUUGGUCCAGAUUUUACAUACUUAUCAAUAUUUCGUUCACGUUAUCAUUUGUUGGCUAGAGCAAAAGGACGUUUAGCUGCAAGAGUAUCUGCUAGAGACUUUUUUCCAAAUGAUAUUACAACUUUGAGCAAAGAGACUCCACGCAUAGACCGUUGGGUACCAAUACAAACUCCAGAUGACAUAAUAAAACGUGCUGUCGAUGGAUCAUUAAGUAAUGAUGAAGCGAUGGAUCGAUUGAUUUUACUUCUGGCUCCUAAACAUUCAUGGAAAUUGUACAAUGAUAUAGCUCCUGAUCAUAAAUGGACACCAGAUACUUUGCAUCGUCUAUUAGAUCUCCUGUGUGUUACAAAUGGAGGUGAAGGUGGAUUUUAUUCUCAUUUACUCUUGGAUGAUUAUAAUUGGAGCAGUUUACCUGAUCCUGAUGAAGUUUAUCUUGCUGAUAACUUUAUGAUAUUCAAUAGAUCAAUUAAUGAUGCACAAAGUACUACUGGACAAAAAGAUACAGACAGUGAGACUGUAGACAAAGUCGACGACAUCACCGAGCCUACUACUGCCUCCCUAUCAAAACAUUCUAAUAUUUGGAAUAUGCAAACCACUGCCGAGUGUUUAUUUCACAAAGAACAUACCACUUUAAACACACCACAAGCCUAUCGUAGUAUUAUUCGUGGAGCGGCUAGAUUUAAAAAUGCUGAUCGUGCUUUAGAAGUAGCAAAAAUGGCAUGGUCUUCAAAAUACGGCGAUAAAUGUCUUGACAUUGCAACCUACAGUCUACUUAUUCGUUCACUGCAUGGUUUAACCACUGUUAAAACAGGCAAAGAAAAUGUUUGGGAUGUGAUUUUGAAUAUUUUGGAACAUGUGAAAACUUGUGGAGAGCCGAUAAAUAUUUCAAUCUAUACAAAUAUUCUCUAUACCUUGGCCCAGACGACUGUGAUGUUGAAAUCGUCAUCAUCAUCAUCAUCGCCAGCCUCCUCCUCCCCCUCUUCACUCAAUUACAAUUAUGUUCCAAUUGGUUUAGGCAUAUUAGGUGAAGUAAGACGAUUAAAUUUAAAACCAGAACUUGGUACCCUAGCCAAUUUACUGUUAUUAAUUUAUGAAACGCCAGUUCCUGUGAAUCAACAAUCAUCUAUCACUUCAAAAGAUGGCAUCAAUGAAAAGGCUGGGAAGAAAUCAUUGAUGAAUCGACCUACAUAUGCAUCCUACAAGUGUUCUAAUUUAUUGAAUCAAUUUCUCGAUGAUUUAGAAGUCUACUUUAACAAUAAUGCUGUUAGUGUCAAUAGAAAUUCAACAACAAUUACUGACACUUAUUCUGGUGGUUCACCGAAACGUUUCGAUGCAUGGACUAUUGAUGAUUAUAGCUUUUUUCCGAUAGCCAUGAAAUGUGCAUUGAAUGAAGUCAAUAUUGAGCUAGGUGAACGAAUUCAUCAUUUGCUAACGCAUUAUGAAGAUAGAACAUUUUUAUUCUCUAGUAGUAAAAUGAAAUAUCAUUAUACUCAUGAUUAUUGUAAAUUAAUGUUUUAUUAUGAAAAAUAUGACCAAAAGCUUAAUAGUCAAUUAGUUCAACGUUAUUACAAUACGUAUUGUCAAUACUUCAAUGUUAUCAUUUCAUCAAAGUUGUUAGUUGAAUAUCUAAUGAAACGUUAUACAAAUAUAUUAAAACUAUUCACUGAUGAUAAGACUAAGAAAAAUCAACAAAAGAAAUUGCCCACAUCAAAUCAACUAAAAGAAAUUAAUACAUUAAAAGUAACUGUAUACAGCUACUUGUGUAGACUAUUAGAUGAUAUAUUGAACAUUGAAAUUCACUAUUAUCUACAAAAGUCACUGGAUACUGUUGAACAAUUAACAAGCCUUCUAUGCGAUUAUGCUACACUGAAUCCAAUUGAUGCACUGGAUACAUCAGCAAAAGUAUUACAUAUUUUUCAAAAAUUGGAUAACGAUUUUCUAAAGUCAACGAAUACAAAUACAAAAAAAUGA